ACGAAAAAAAGUGCUGUUAACACGGAAGUCGACAAUUUACAGGAAGCCAGCGUAAGCUGCCUUUUGUUUUGAUUUGUCUUUGUUUUUCUGUACCAAAUCGAUGGUUAUUUUCCAUCGCUGUCGGUGGCUAUAUUAGUUAAGAGGCAAUAGUUUAUAUCAUUUGUUUCGAUGAAGUUUGUUUUUUAUGACAGUUGAUGACAGUUGGCAUUAGCGGUAAGCUAGCUUCAAACGGUAACAACAAAGCUAGCAGGCCCGAAGGCCAUCUGUCCAUUGUCUGUCCGUCAGGCAGAUACUUUUCCUGUUUCUAUCAAGGAGACAAUUUUAAGGUCAAACGUCGUUUGGAAACAUUAUAUGCCAGAGUGACAAAAGAACCAAGACCGCUGUCAUCCGCUCAUCGUCCAGGUAACGUUAGCUGUACCGGCUCUUACUGUGGCCAGUCAGUUGGCUGACCUUACUAACGGAUCGUUUAGUGCAGUAGCGUAUACUGACAACAAAGGGAAACCAACACAACAGACGAUAAGGAGAUUGGAUGACCAUGUAUGCCCCGCCGGGUUCUACUGUCCCUGGAGGUAGGAGGAGGAGAGGGGGUACCUCCCUGCCCAAACAGCCGGAGCGGAGCCUGGUGUCGGCCCUGCCUGGAGCUCUGUCCAUCACAGCGCUGUGCACGGCUCUGGCGGAACCGGCCUGGCUCCGGGUUCAUGGAGGCACCUGUCCGAGACAAGAGCUGGGGGUGGCAGAUGUCCUGGGGUACAUUGACCCCAAGCUUCUGGACGAUUACUGCGUGAACCCACAGACCAUCCUGCUGCUGAGGGUGAUCGCUGCUUUCUGUUUCCUGGGCAUCCUGUGCAGCCUGACUGCUUUCCUCUUGGAUGUGUUUGGCCCCAAGCAUCCAGCACUAAAGAUCACACGCAGAUAUGCAUUUGCACAUAUUCUCACAGUGUUGCAGUGUGCCACAGUCAUAGGCUUCUGCUACUGGGCCUCAGAGCUCAUCUUGUCACUGCAGCAGCAGCACAAAAAGUACCAUGGCUCCCUCAUAUACGUCACUUUCGCCAUCAGCUUCUACCUGGUGGCAGGAGCCGGCGGAGCCUCUAUCCUCGCCACGGCUGCAAACCUCCUGCGCCAUUAUCCCACCGAGGAGGAGGAGCAGGCUUUGGAGCUGCUCUCAGAGAUGGAGGACAGCAGUGAAACUUUUCCUGCUGAUUAUGACAUUGCCAAUCAGUUUCAGCCACCGCCUGCCUACACGCCCUAAUGCCGCCAGACUGGCCUUGUUAACACAUGCUUCUCUCUCAGCACGGCUAUUGGCUUGAUGAGCAGACCCCACUCUUUAUCAAAUGGAUAUCUUCGCAAAUACUCUCCAUAAUGAACACGGUGUGCACAGUUAGUGCACAAACCUUUACUGACAGUGCUUGGGUGCAUGAAAGCUUUCUUAAGUGGUGGCCGAAAUUUAGGAGAUGAUUCUUACUUUCCCCACUGAAGUUGUUAGUGGUCUGCAUGUAAAUGGCUUUUAGGAUUUGGUUCUUACAUGUGAAGCAAACUAAACUGCAAGGAGGGCUCAACAUGGCUCAUCACAAGUAAUUGAUGAGACAGCCACAGCCUGAUCAGUGCCAAUUAUUGAAGCUUGGCUGUCGGCACAUUGUCAGCGGUUGCAUUGCUCUUGGUUGGACGUGGAUGAAGCUUUGUUCAGCAUCAUUUCGAUGUCAUUUUUGAUAAGCUUGCCAUGUGUAUGAUUUUGUUUUACCCAUGCAUCAAAAAUGGAGGCAUACACUGAGAAGUCUGUUUUAGACAUUUCUUUUAUAUAAAAUAUCGAAUGGACCUUAUUUAUUGUUUGGCUGUCUGUGCCGUGUCUUUCUUUCUUUUGCUUUGUAGACAUCUAUCACUGGUUUAGUCUUAUUAAUCACAUUUGUACUUGAAAUAACAAGAAAAUUUAAAAAUGUGAGACUGGUCUUUGUGGUGUUUUAAAAGGAUCAUGGCAUGUGUUGUGUGUUGAGAGCUAGCAGCCACGGACAAAUUGAGAAACACGUCUGUACGUUUCACAAUAACUGACUCUUAGUAACAGGAACCUCGCCGCAACAGCUGGUCGUGUCAUGUUUCUCGUAUUUGAUUUAAAAAAGAAACCUUGUUUAUACUUUGUGAUUUCCACAUGUGACAGUUUGAGAUUGUGUUUUCUAUGCAUGAGUUCUUUCGUGCGCAAAUUUUAAGCCGUCAGGCAGAAUCUUACGGGAACGACUCACAUAAGGUUCCACCUGAGGCUUAAAAUUGUGAUUGAUGUGGUGACUCUAGUUGAUUGUGUAUUGUUCUGUUACUCCAUUUCUGCAUUUUGUUCCUUCAAUUGUCGCUAUACUUUCCCCUCCAGUAUGUAAAUAUUGAUUGUUUAUACAGAAAAAAAGUGGUCAUAAUAAAAUAAAUGCCAUAUUUGGCCUCUUGUUUGUCAUCUGUAACUUGA